AUGGACUUGAGGAUUCUCCUAAGCCUGGCCUUCGCCGCCCUCAGCGCCGCCCAGCUGACAAUCACCGUCGGCCUCCCCGCCAAGCCGAACCCGUUCCUCCUCGGCCCCAGCACCCACGCCACGCUGUCCAGCCUGCACAAGCGCCUCGAGGCCCCUCUGACGACAGUCAACACCUUCAACUUCCACAACGUCACCGCCGACUCGUACCUGCUCGACGUGCACUGCGCCACGGAGGCCUUUCACCCGCUGCGGGUCGACGUCGGCGAGGAUGGCGAGGUCAAGGCGUGGGAGACGUAUCGUGGCAACGAGUGGGCGAACAAGGGCGAGGAGGUGCAGGUGAAGAGCGAGGGCGGAGCGAGGGGCAUCAGCGUCAAGGGUGCGGGAUCCAAGAUCUUCUUUGUGGAGAGACCGGCGUUUUCCGUUUUCAGCAUUCUCAAGAAUCCCAUGAUCCUGAUGGGUCUGGUUACGAUGGGUAUUGUCUUUGGCAUGCCAUACCUAAUGGAUAACAUGGACCCUGAGCUGCGCGCCGAGUUUGAAGAGCGACAAAAAGAGAACCCCAUGAACGCCAUCAUGGGCAACGCUCAAGCUGGCCAAAACCCGCUUGGCAACUUCGACAUGGCGGCCUACCUAGCAGGCUCAGGCAAAAAGGAGGGUGUGAAGAGGUGA